AGUAUACUCACGGACAUGGAACACACAGGACAUUACCUGCAUCUUGCCUUUCUGAUGACAACAGUUUUUUCUUUGUCUCCUGGAACAAAAGCAAACUAUGCCCAUCUGUGGGCUAAUAAUACUACUGUCUUGGAUCCAGAUAUUCAAAAUAAGACGGGCAGAAGCCAAAAUGAAAACAUUAACACAAACCCUACAACUCUUGAAGCAGAUAAAAAAGUUAUUUCUACAAAAAUGCCUGAAAUAGCAACAUCAUCUCACUUCGCGUCUUUAACUCCUAAAUCUGAACUGGAGCUUUAUAUAUCUUCCGUCGUCAGGAACAAUUCUCCAGCAGUACAUAGCAUUGAAAACACAAGCAAAAGUCACAGUGAAAUUUUCAAAAAAGGUGCCUGUGAGGAAAACAACAACAAAAUGGCUAUGCUAGUUUGCUUAAUUAUAAUUGUGGUGCUUUUUCUUAUCUGUACAAUUUUAUUUCUAUCAACUGUGGUUCUGGCAAACAAAGUCUCAUCUCUCAGACGAUCAAAACAAGUAGGCAAGCGUCAGCCUAGAAGCAAUGGCGAUUUUCUGGCAAGCAGUGGUCUAUGGCCUGCUGAAUCAGACACUUGGAAAAGAGCAAAACAGCUCACAGGGCCUAACCUAAUGAUGCAAUCUACUGGAGUGCUCACAGCUACAAGGGAAAGAAAAGAUGAAGAAGGAACUGAAAAACUCACCAACUAACGGAUGCUUUAGUGAAGAAAAAUGCAAAGUAGCAAUGAGAAAGUUUCUGGAGUAAAAAUGAAGUCAGUUUGAUAUUUAAUGCCAAGGUGUUGUUCUGAUGGUCUAAAAUUUAACAUGGCAGGCUGUGCAAUUUAGAAUCAAGCAGGUGAGAAGGGGAGACGUAUGCCUGCUUACUUAAUUACUUAAACUGUGUCUGACACUAUUUUAAAAAGCAAAAAUAAAACAACCAAGCAUCUGAGGAAGGUUUUAAAGACAAGCUGAAGGAACUGACUAAUAGAGGUAGAAAGGGACAAUUAAAUAUUUCCUGUUCAGCAAUAGUAGUUAAGUGAUCUUUGUCCGAAUGUUAUUAAAUUUUGAAGAGUUUUAGUGUGUCGUUAGAGGCAAGUAUAUGCUUUAACAUCUAACAGAAGUCACGUUCUUAAUGCAUAGAGUUGAACUGUACAGUUACGUGGUACCUUCUUUGCUGAAUGUGACAGAAUCCAUACCAGCUCAUCUAUCAACACAGCUAAUGUUAUGCUAGAUGUUUUCAUCUUUAUA